AUCAUUCACAGAGACCUCAAACCCGAAAAUAUAUUAAUUGCUGAAAUUGUAAGGAACGGUAGAUUUGUUAAGUUAUGCGACUUUGGUUUGGCUACAGUUUACGACAAACGCGUUCACUACAGGACUACACAAAAACAUACGGCACAUGUGGGAGACUUGAAAUAUAUGGCACCAGAAGUAUUACAGGCAAAGGAGUACAGCAUUAAAGGAGAUGUUUAUAGUUUGGCACUAAUUGGGUCUGAAUUAUUUGGCGUCAAUUUAAAUAAGAAAAAUUUAUAUGAUUGGGACAUCGAGGGACAAUACAAAUUGAACGAUUUAAAUGAAUACGAAAUAUCUAAUGCAACAAAAGAGUCAAAUAAUUUAUUGAGAGUUCAAUCGGAACAUGUUGUCCAGUAUUACAGCUCAUGGCGUGAAGGGAACUGUAUUUACAUUCAAAUGGAGUUAUGUUUACAAAGUCUUCGCAAUAUUAUUGAAAUCAAACCACAAGUAUUUGGUCGACAAUUAGGACAUCCCAUGGAUUGCGUCGAGUAUUUCAUUUCGUGUGAAAUAUUCCGUCAGAUCUUAGAAAGUGUUCAGUAUUUGCAUGAAUUGAAUCCACAGAUCAUUCACAGAGACCUCAAACCCCAAAAUAUUUUGAUUACAAGUUCUGUAAGGAACGGGAGAUUUAUAAAAUUGUGUGACUUUGGUUUGGCUACAGUUCACGACAAACGCAUUCACAACAGGACUACACAAAAACAUACGAAAGAGGUCGGGGAUGUCCACUAUAUGGCACCGGAGGUAAUACAUGGACGCAAAUAUGACCACAAGUCAGAUAUUUAUAGUCUGUCCCUAAUUGGUGGUGAACUAUUUGACGUGGAUAUUUCAUUGAUAGAAACCGACAAGUAA